UCUUUAAGUCUUCCGCAUAAAUAAAUAGAUAAGACACAAUUACAAAAUCCCCAUAGGGCCAUUUCUCUGGAUUCCGAUUCCCUCAGACGGAGAAUCCCAAACCCACCAGUGUAAAACCGGUUCAGAAUUCGAUUCGAUUCCCUCCGACCUCGUUUCUCUCAGGGUAGUGGUGAUUUUGCGGCUAUGGAGGUGACCGUGAAGCAGAUGUCUUUGACAGUGGCACUUUUUGGUGUUCUCUCAUUCGUUUUCGGAGUUAUUGCCGAAAACAAGAAGCCAGCAGUUGGAACUCCUAUCGCUGGGAAAGAUGUUGUGAUCUGCAAGUAUCCUACAGAUCUAUCAGUUGUCUUCGGGUAUCUGUCUUUUGCCUUCCUCCUGGUAUCUACAGUCGCUGGAUUCUUGUCGUUGUUUUACCCAUACAAAGGGAAGUCCCUCCCACAAGCUGCUUUGUUCCGAAGCACUAGUUUCGUCAUAUUCUUCAACAUUUCUCUGCUUACAGCAGGACUAGCUGCGGCUCUGUUGCUAUGGCCUACAAUAACCGAGCAACUUCAUCUCACAAGAAACGUUCAUCGCAAUCUCAAAACAACCUGUCCAACUGCUAAGACGGGUCUCCUUGGUGGCGGUGCUUUUGUAUCCCUUGAUGCGUCGCUCUUUUGGUUGGUUGCCCUCAUGUUAGCCGACAACGCUCGAGAGGACUAUUUUGAGGAGACAGAAAAGGAUGUUAAGGGUGAAUAUGGACAGGUUUCUGCAAUCGAUUUCGAUGGACAUGCCAAUAUUAAAGGAAGUGCUUGAAGUGUGCUAGCGUCGCGAGAAGCGGCUAGGAUGUCUGUUUCAUAAGUACUCUUCUAUUUCCUAUCUAUGUUCGUAAGCUUGCGUGUCGAGCAACUUUAUGUAGUGAAAAUGCGUGUAGAUACGGUUGGAGAUUGUUCGGUACUAUCUAUAUGUGGUUAUGGAUUUGGUAAAAUGAAGCAUGAUGAACUUUUUAAAUUGA